AUGGAGAAGCCCACCGUUACUUCGAACAACUACGGCCACCCUGCUGAGCAGUCUCAGCACCCUGAACACGCUCAAGAGAGCAUUCCUGAAGACCAGCAACCGCCGAAGUACGACAACCGCGACUUUAGCUCUCCUCUCGCCCAACCGCCUCUCACAAACAACCAUCCACCUACAAACCAACAAGAUGGAGGUUUUCCACCAGCCCAGCAGCAGAGCCUACAGAGCAUGCCCAUCCAGAACCUACAAAGCCAGAGUGCACCGGUACUUUGUCCUAGCUGUGGCGUGCGAGCCAUGACGAUUACAAAGGCUGAGUCUGGAGGACUGAUGCAUGCUAUUGCAGCGAGUGUCUGCUUUUUUACGUGUUUGGGUUGUAUUCCUUAUUGUAUUGAGUCGUUGAAGGAUGUUCACCAUCAGUGUGGAAAUUGUAACAUACCGCUUGCUAGUUACCACCGAAGUGGCGUAACUGAAGUGCGCUACUUCCAGAAGUAA